CGUUGCCCCGCGGCAUUCGCCGCAGUUGUUCGCUUUAGUGCGGUAGUCAUGGGGUCGGAGCUGAUCAGGCGCCUGGCCCCGCGCCUGGGCCUCGCCGAGCCCGACAUGCUGAGGAAAGCAGAGGAGUACUUGCGCCUAUCCCGGGUGAAGUGUGUCGGCCUCUCAGCACGCACCACAGAGACCAGCAGUGCAGUCAUGUGCCUGGACCUUGCAGCUUCCUGGAUGAAGUGCCCCUUGGACAGGGCUUAUUUAAUUAAACUUUCUGGUUUGAACAAGGAGACAUAUCAGAGCUGUCUUAAAUCUUUUGAGUGUUUACUGGGCCUGAAUUCAAAUAUUGGAAUAAGAGACCUAGCUGUACAGUUUAGCUGUACAGAAGCAGUGAACAUGGCUUCAAAGAUACUAAAAAGCUAUGAGUCCAGUCUUCCCCAGACACAGCAAGUAGAUCUUGACUUAUCCAGGCCACUUUUCACAUCUGCUGCACUGCUUUCAGCAUGCAAGAUUCUAAAGCUGAAAGUGGAUAAAAACAAAAUGGUAGCCACAUCCGGUGUAAAAAAAGCUAUAUUUGAUCGACUGUGUAAACAACUAGAGAAGAUUGGACAGCAGGUCGACAGAGAACCUGGAGAUUUAGCUACUCCACCACGGAAGAGAAAGAAGAUAGUGGUUGAAGCCCCAGCAAAGGAAAUGGAGAAGGUAGAGGAGAUGCCACAUAAACCACAGAAAGAUGAAGAUCUGACACAGGAUUAUGAAGAAUGGAAAAGAAAAAUUUUGGAAAAUGCUGCCAGUGCUCAAAAGGCUACAGCAGAGUGAUUUCAGCUUACAGACUGGUAUGCAUUCCAAACCAAAAGUACAUUGCCACCUCCAGGAAGACUUGACGGCUUUGGGAUUUUGUUUAAACUUUUAUAACAAGGAUCCUAAGACUGUUGCCUUUAAAUAGCAAAGCAGCCUACCCGGAGGCUAAGUCUGGGCAGUGGGCUGGCCCCUGGUGUGAGCAUUAGACCAGCCACAGUGCCUGAUUGGUAUAGCCUUAUGUGCUCUCCUACAAAAUGGAAUUGGAGGCUGCGCGCAGUGGCUCACACCUGUAAUCCCAGCACUUUGGGAGGCCGAGGUGGGUGGAUCACCUGAGGUCAGGAGCUCAAGACCAGCCUGGCCAACAUGGUGAAACCCCAUCUCUACUAAAAAUACAAAAAUUAGCCAGGUGUGGUGGUGCGUGCCUGUAAUCCCAGCUCCUCAGUAGGCUGAGACAGGAGCAUCACUUGAACCUGGGAGGCAGAGGUUGCAGUGAGCCGAGAUUGUACCACCGCACUCCAGCCUGGGUGACAGAGCGAGACUUGUCUCAUAGAUAGAUAGAUAGAUAGAUAGAUAGAUAGAUAGAUAGAUAGAUAGAUUAGAUAGAUGGAAUUGGAGCCAUUUUGCUUUAAGUGAGUGGAAGUCCCUCGUCUUAUUCAGAAUAUAAAAUUCGGUCUGAAUGGCAUCUUACAGAUUUUACUUCAGUUUUUGUGUAAGGUAUUUUUUAUUUGACUAAAUCAAUAUAUUGUACAGCCUAGGUUAAUAAAUGUUAUUUGUG